AUGUCCGCAAAAAGUACAAUUUUGUACCUUCGUAUCGGAGAGGGAAAGAACCUUCCAAGGAAAGAUAUGUGAGUCCAAACUUUUUUUUUACUCAACUGUAUAUUCAAUGGUUAACUAUUUAACUUUUAACUGAAUCGUGCAACAUGGAGCGCGAUUAUAGACAUUAUACGUAAUGAACACUGAACGGACUCGAUGUUUUUAUUCACGAAAACACAAUGUUGUUUCCGUUUUAUUUAUAGCUCUGGAAAGAGUGAUCCGUAUUGCAUCGUGAAGGUAGACAACGACGUUGUAGCAAGGUAA